AUGUCGAUCGCGAACGAUGCAAUACUCACUCAGAUUCUGUCCAGGCUAGAGUCCCUGCAAGUCUCGCAGCAGGCUCUUCAAGCCAAGCUCGACGCGAUACAGAACCCGGUUUCACCGCCUUUGCGCCCGGCCAGCGCGUAUGGCGUCGCAAGUCCAUCGCAUACGCUAAGCUCCCUUCCGCCCUCGGCGGCAAGCGCGACACCUCCGUCCGCGCCGACGUCCUUGCCCAAUACCGUGAAAGCGGACGGCGGGGCGGAGGGUAAGAUUAUAUCCGAUAGGGAACGCGAGAAGCUGCUGUACCCUUCGCGUGUCAUGCUCACCACGUACCCGGACCAGCACGGGAUGAAGCCGCACCCGCUUAACUGGGGUGAUGCCGAUGCCACCAAGCGCGGUCCCGUGAUAGUGUCGCGUCUGCCGUCCUCGCUCAAGUACCGUAACGCGAUCGGCGCUCAUUCGGGCUCAUACUCGAUCUACCGCGCAUUGUCUAUCGCUAUGGGCACGCUAGUCCCGACGCACAAGCCCGACUACUCACGUACUGAGCCGCCCGUCGCAAUCCCGCCUCAGCCUGCCUGGUCUGACCCGAAGAAGAUCGUGUCGAUUGACCCAUGGGGACAUCUUACACCUCAGGUCUUUAAGGCAGAGACCGACUCUGGUCUCGACAUUCGUCCAAGCAUCGCGGUGACGAAAGCGCACAUCAAGCUAUCUGAGAUCGACGAGUCUUCGCGUCGCGGCGAAAUCACCAUCGACGGCAAGAUCGUGCUCAAAUCCGUGCCACUCCUGAACCCUGAUGGUACACCGAGCACCGCUGACCCCGGUGUCGAGAUGACGGUCAGCAAGGCUGCCAUUGAGCCCGUCUGGUAUCUGCCUGGUGUAGCUGAACGUUUCGGCAUCUCAGAGGGCCUACUCCGCCGCGCGUUGUUCGAAGAUACGGGAGGAAUGUACCCCGAGCUUAUCACACGCCCGGAUAUCAAGGUUUUCUUACCGCCUAUCGGUGGUAUGACGGUGUAUAUCUUUGGUCCGGCAUCAUACAUGUACGACGAGAGCAAGGAGUUGACCCUUCGCGUCCACGAUGAAUGUAACGGAUCGGACGUGUUCGGCUCUGACAUCUGUACCUGCAAGCCCUACCUCGUCUUCGCCAUCGAAGAAUGUGUGCGCACUGCCCAACGCGGUGGUGUCGGUGUCGUCGUGUACUUCCGCAAAGAGGGCCGCGCGCUUGGAGAGGUCACUAAGUACCUCGUCUACAACCUCCGCAAGCGUGGCGGUGACUCUGCGGACAAGUACUUCCGUGCAACUGAGCUUGUUGCUGGUGUGAAAGACAUGCGGUUCCAGGCGCUCAUGCCCGAUGUGCUGCAUUGGUUGGGCAUCCGCAAGAUUGACAACAUGAUUUCUAUGAGCGACAUGAAGUACAACGCAAUCGUGCAGUCUGGUAUCCCAAUUAUCAAGCGCUAUGACCUUCCGGACCAUCUCAUUCCGAUGGACUCACGCGUCGAGAUUGACGCGAAGAUCGCUGCGGGGUACUUUACCAGCGGCAAGGCUGUCACCGAGGCCGACCUCGUCAAAACAGUGGGACGGACGUGGGAGGAGACGGAUCACUGA